UCCCGCAACUAGUAAAUUUCAGUAUUUAGGAAUAACAUUUAAAUCCAUUAAUAAUACAAGUUAAGUAUUGGGUCACUAUGGUAAUUAAGGCUCCAACAUGAUGUUACAGCUGCUGUUAUUCUGCUUGGUGCUCUUUAUCAACGUCUAUUGGAUCUUGCCCACGGGCAUUAGCUGGUAUUUGGUCAAAAGGUUUCGGGUCAAAGUUCGGAUUGGCCGAAUUUCGCUGCCUUAUUUCUCUCUGAAGAAUGUGCACAUUAGCAAGAGUGGAUUCUCGGUGCAAAUCGAGGAGGUGUGUCUACGUAGCAGUUUCUUCACCACCGAUGUGACCAAGCUACUUUCCAUAUACAUCCGGGACAUCCGCAUUAAUAAGGACAUUCACAGCAGACAAGAUGAUAACGAUGAUGCUUACGAGUUUCAGCGGACUCAGACCUCAGAAGGUAAACCCUCGGAGGCGAAGGGUGUGCCAGAUUUCCGGCAAACUAAGGUGCCGGCGAGCAUCAUCACAUUUGCCCAGUUCAUGGCGGUGCAUGUGAACAACAUAUCAGUAGUCCUAAUGAAUAAUGAUUUUGAUCCGGGCUGGUUUAUCCAUGCCACGGCGAAGGAGCUACAUCUGGAUGGCAGUAUCGUGCAGAAUGCUCGUGUUCUGCUUGUAAACGCCGCUCUAAGCGAAGCCCAGGCCAAGAUGCUUAGGCACUGCAGCUCACGUCGCCAGUCGCUGGAGAAUCUCAACAAAAUUCGUCCCUGUCUGGGAGAGGUCAGUUUCGAUACGACUCUGGAUGCCUCUCUUUUUGCCCAGGGACCACUGUCAAUGGAUACCCUUAGUCUGGUUAUCAACAAUGCCAAAUCCGUAAUUCAUGGCGGACUGUACGAGUUCCUUAGUGAAGCCAAGCGAAGAACAACGACUGGUCAGCAGUCUCGGCGUUCUAAGCCGGCCACAGCGCCCUCCAAGAGGUCCUACGAUAAUGAUAACUACGAGAAACUGGCGCCGAUUAUACCAAAGAACUUUAACUUUAGCAUCAGGGCGGCAACCUUCUCGGCCGUCAAAGAGAACUCACAAAAUGAUUUUAGUGCCAAGCUGCAGUCGUUUCAAAUCUCUGGAAAGUUUAACUCGAAAGUUACAGAUGAAAAGACGUUGCUGCCUUCAAUGCUUGCGAAAUUGGGUUUUCAACAUUUAGAUAUUGAUACCAAAUAUGAAAAAUUACUUUUCGUAGAACAAUUCACCAUAGACUCUGUGCUGGAAAAAGACAUUUUCAACCUGUAUGUGAAGCUUAAGACAUUCCAAAUCAUCUACAACCAUAGUGAGAUAUAUGACUUUGUUAAUAACAAUUUCCUAGCUCGACAGCGCUCGAGCGGAGCACAGCCAAUCCUCAUACACAAGCAGAAAUCUUUGCCGGAUCAGUUAUAUCUUGAUACAACUACGGAGAGCAAUCUGAGAGCGAUUCAGAGGAAUCAGGGAGGCGUUCUUGAGUGGAUUAUGCAGCGGAUCGUAGUCAAAGGCUGCGCGGAACUGUUUAAUGUCUCACUUCUUAUGAAACUGGAGGAUGAACAUAUUGCCAUGAGUGUGAGUCAUACGAGGUUCCUCUUAGAGCAAAUUGAGGAGAAACGGAGUAAUCUCUAUGAAAAUAAAUUCCUUAAUUUGUUGCUGAACCAACGGCAAUGGAGCAUGGAGCUGAUGGUAGAAACGCUGUGGUCAAAUCUCGGGAACUCCAUUAACGACACUAACAACUUAAAGAAGACCCAUUCACCUGGCUCUCCAUUUUUCCUCGGAGUGAGCCUGGUUAAGCUAUGCUCCUAUGCAAACACCACAAAACUGGACUUAUCCGUGCACACUUUUCGCACGGAAUAUAGCAUGCAGUUGGCCGAGUUUGUGGUGAAGUCAAUGGAGUGCCUACGGCAGUACCGGGGCAUCAAGCCAAGGAAUAUAUCGGGACAAUCUCAGUCUAGAGCAAAUGUCGGCCUUACUCUUUCUGUGCAACCAACACAAUCAUCUACCUCUCUACGCGUGUCUGUUAAGGUCAAGGAUAUUACGGCAUAUUUUGUUAACCAUCACAAUGUCUACACGCUGCUAAGUUUUUCAGAACUGAAUUUGUCGCGGGCUCAAAACUUAACCACCCUGAAGCUCGAAGAAUUUCAAAUGGCUAUAAUGCGCUCGAUGACGGCUUCUUCGCUUUGUCUUACCGACUUUUCGGAUGUGUUUGCCACUUGCAAAAUGAUUCGAUUGGAGCAUGAACAAGUAGAGGGAACGCUAGGCAAGUUGUCCAUUUACAUACCCGGCAACAUGGAAGCCACGUGGAAUACCAAUUUGCAUAUGCACCUGUUAACUUUAGUGAGGGAUAUGCAAGACCUAAAGACUGAGUUAGCGAUUCCUGCUUCUCCUGUUAAGAGAACAGUUCCAAGAGGAGGACUAGUGGUUGAGUUGUCUGCAGAACGGAGCACCAUCUUCGAGAUAAAGUUUUCUGAUCGACACUCUAUUCAGAUAUUUGUAGAAAGCCUUUUCUUUAGUCAAAAGGAACGUUGCAUUAUCUAUGCUGAAAAUGUGUUUGUCAAGAUCGAUAAUCAGCACAUAUUUACAGUGAAAGAGUUGGAUCUACAAUCAGUCCCCCGUCUUGAGGUACUGACCCAAGAACGACAAAACUUUCCUGGGUUUCAGCUGCCCUCCAACAAGGUGUGGGUUACCACUAUCGGAUCUUUUAAAGCCAUUUUCCCAUAUGACCACGACUUUUACAAUGCAGUGAACGGAGAGUGCACAUCCCAUUUUAAGUGGCUGAAAAUGGUUCAUAAUUACAAAAAGAAACCAUUUACAGAGGAUUCACCGCUACCCUGUGAUUUGGUAAUUAAGAUCAAGGAGUUUCUGCUGGAAAUAAGCGACGAUCCCUUCGAAGUGAAACUUCGCGAUAACUAUGUCCUACUGGUGGAUGAAUACCUGGAAAGCUUAAAGCGCAAGGCUCUGUUUGAUAAGAAGAUUGGCGAACUUUGCUCGGAACGUCUUUUGUUACCAUCUGGAACCAUAGAGAGUCUUUAUGCCAACCUAAUUAAGAAGAACUCAGAGAUCUAUAUACAGCGAUCAAAAAAGAUUCGCGAAAGUGGCCCCGUUCGCACACGACUUCUAGCCUGGAUCAUGACGGACGUGAAUAUUAUGGCUAUGGCUGACACCUCCAUCCAUGGCUAUGAUAAUGUGACACGUAUAAUGCGCGAAAUCGAUCACGAAAGUCCGUGGCCAGAGGAGGGGUUGGAGUUCUCUACGUUGUGGUGCCGAGGUGUGAACAUCAGCUGCACUGAAUGGAAAUUCAUGCUUAGGGACUUUCCACAACCCAUGUUUUGUGUAAAGAGCAUGCGGCUGUACGGUAAUCUUUGUGGAGCUGAACAAAUGGGCUCCAAGAGAGCCAAGCGAGAUGUCUUUAUAGAGGUGGGCGAACCCUUUGGCACCGAUGUGAUCCAACGUAGCAUGCCUUCUCUGAAGUUCUACCACGACUUUGAUUGUGAACUGGAGAGCUGUAGCUACGCCUUUGGUGCGUGCUGGGAACCUGUAAUGGCCCAGUGCAACUUGAGCUUUGAGAAGAUCUCAGCCCCCUCAAAGGAUCCGUCACCUCCCUUGCCAUUUUGGGAUAAGUUGCGUUUGCUUCUGCAUGGUCGGUUAACGUUGAUAGCCAAGCAAUUCACCAUAUUACUCCACGCCUCGCUUGAUCCUUAUAACACCACAGAGGAAAUGGAGUUGACCUGGAAUAACUGUGGAAUUGUGUUGACAAAUGCCAAGAUUAUGUUUAAAGGAGAGCUUAAUGUCACUGUUCGAACAGCUUCUCGCUACGACGAUUGUCGUUUGCUUCAUUUUCCUAAUCUUAAGUUGACGAUCAAGCUUAAAUGGGUGUGUCUGGCUAAUCCCAAUGACCACCAUGCUGUGAUGCCCUGUGCCCCAGACAAGCUGCCAGAAUACUCUAGUAAUCAAGUUCACGACUCUUUCCGAGCUUUCCGAUCGCUAAAUCUAAACAUUUGGAUAUCAUUCGAGACUAAGCCCAAGGCAGGGGAUGAUUUGGAAGUCGAUAUACCCAGUCUGGUUUUAUACGGUAGCACCUUGCGAUGGUUUGAGAGUCUCCAACUGAUUCUGUCGGGUGUAACAAGGCCGACGCGACGUGGUCCAGUAUUCAACAAUGUGAGGCCACGGAAAAAACCGCUCAGUCGUCACUACAAGAAGGCCAACCUGCAAAUGUGCCUUCACAAGUUCCAGGUUCUCUACUGGAUGUCCCACGCACUGCAAAAGGGAUUCCAGUUAAAUGGCCGGCGUGUAUCUUUUAGUUCCGAGCACUCUCUGACCCUCAAUCCCAUUGACGAUGGACUUAUCCAUAGGCCACGGGCAGAUUGGUCAACAAUCUACAUGAACUGCGAGCUUAACGAUGCUGAAAUCUGGUUAAAAAGCAUUUUGACCGAAAAGAUGGACAGCAGUUCUGAGAACUUGGCCAGUGCAGCAGAUGCCUUUAAAAUCGUGCGAUUCUACUUUCUAAGCGUAGCUAAGGUAUCCUAUGGUCGCGAAGCUCUAAUACCCACCACGGCUACUAGCACUGAGGAGGAUGUUAAGGCUCAGUCCACGACACCAACGCAUAAAUUGGUUGUUUACGAUUUGAAGGGAGCCUGGACAAAGAGCAAUCGGGAUGUGGCCUUUGCUCUUUUUGAUUCCUUUAUGAAAUCACAGAAAUUAAAGAACAAUCUUUCUACGGAAGCAGUAAAGAGUUAUCGCAAGGAGGGUCCCAACUCGGCAGUACUUAAACACAAGCGAAGUGAUAGCACCAUUACUUUAUCCAGCACUAACAACGAGGUCUUGCCGAUUUCCAACCCCAAUGCAUCGAUGAAAAAGGCCCCAGCACAGAUCCAUGCCACAGCAAUGUUGCAACAACUGAUCGCAGAAGCCGACCACAAGUUCAAUGUCUACAGUGAUGAUCAUAGCACUCAGUCGAGGGAACUGCAGCUUCAGGGUCUGCAGGCGUGUUCCGCUCAGGACAUAAUUCAUGAGAACUGGUCUAUUAGCCUGGUAAACUCGCAAGUGCUGCUCAAGGGCUGUGAAACUUCUGGCUAUGUAAUCAUCAGUGCUGCUAAGGCGGAAAUCUUGCAGCGUGAGCAUCGUCCAGUUUGGCGCGAGCGCUCGCUAAUUUCGAAAACUACGUGGAAGGGACUGUUGGAGUGCAUGCAGUACUAUGCGACAGUUAGCGCGGGAGAUAAUAAUUCCCUUUUAGAGAAGGAAAUCAUGUGGCUGACGGUGGACAACAUUCAGGAUAAAGACGAAACUGUGAUUAACAAUCUGCCGGACAUCUCACACUUGGUGGGCAGUGGACGCAGUGUGGGUGGUGUAGUUUCCGAGACUGUUGGUGCUUUUCUAAGCGAUAACUCCGGGGAAGCUCAGCCCGUCCAACUGCAGCGCAUUGUGUCCAAGUGUAAGUGCGAGUUCUUCUAUGUGAGCUACGGUGAUGCCAUCGAUCCGAAUAGCAUUACUGAGGUGCCUCCGCCGCCUUCAGAGGAGUUGCAAUCUCCUUGGGAAAAACAAGACGAUCCAGUGGAUGCCUUCACCCUGAUGCAUCACGAUCUGGAUGUGUGCACUAACUCAUUGCAGUACGCCAUGAUCCUGGAUAUUGUAAACAACCUGUUGCUUUAUGUUGAACCCCAGCGAAAGCAGGCAGCGGAGAAGCUGACAAGGAUGCGCUUCCAGCUUCAACUGCACUCGACGGAGGAUCAGAAGCGACCCAUUCAACAGAAGCAAACGGUCAUCCGUAGCCUGUUGAUGAAGAUUCGCUCGCUUGAAAAAGACACACAUAUGAUCAGUAAGGAGCGGAUAGAGGAUGGCGACUCAUUGGAGCUGCGGCAAGAAUACGAUCAUGUCCAACAGAUGAUACGAGAAAGCAAGGAGGAGCUAAACACCUUCAGCGAGGAUCUGGAUAUGAUGUUGCUGUGCUAUAAAGAGACUCAGUUAUCGCAGCUCAGCAAGAUAUUAAACGUGCGCUCUGAUGAGUCGGUGACCAUGGUGCGCACCAACGAGAUCUGCUUCAAGCGCGCCCAAUGGCGGCUUACUGAAACAGAUGGACAGAUUGGCAUAGCUGAUCUUGUUCUGAGUGCUUUCCUUUACACAAAAAAGUCCAAGAGUGAUGAUUCUGUUGAACAUCUGCUAGAGCUUGGAAAUAUACGAAUGGAAAACCUUUUACCAAGAGAGAUCUAUCGCGAUGUCCUGCUGGCCACAGAAAUCCAAAAGGACAUGCCCGUAGAUACACACAAGCGGGUGCUGCGUAUCUUCUGUCGGGAAAAGGCUCCAGUGGGCGGCAUAUCAGUAAAGGAACAUUUUGAGAUCAAUGUGGCUCCCAUUACUAUUGCCAUUACGAAAAAGUUCUAUAGCACUAUGUUGAAGUUCUGCUUCCCGGAUCGAGAUGCCUCCGAAACGGAGGUUAGCGAUGAACUGGACGACAAUGCCUCAACAAGUUCGGCGUCCACAGCGAAUUUGCAGGCAAAGCCUUCAACUUCUUCGUCCACCAAGCGAUCGGGAAAAGGCAAGAAGGGUGCCAAGGACUCGGAGUUCUAUGUAAAGAUUGAAAAGGAUGACGUCGAAAAGAUGAAGGAGCGCGCCGAGAAGAACAAGCUGUUUAUCUACAUCAAGAUUCCCGAAGUGCCUGUGCGCGUCAGCUACAAGGGCAAUAAGGAAAAGAAUCUAGAAGACAUCACAGAUUACUCACUAGUCAUACCAACGUUAGAGUAUCACAACGUAACUUGGACCUGGUUGGAUCUGCUGCUGGCAAUGAAAUCGGUAAGCCGGCGGGUUAUAUUCUCGCAGGCCAUCAAGCAGAAGCUGCAUAUCCACCAGCGACAACCUAUUCUGUCCGCUGGAGAACGAGCCACCCCACAAGAAGCGGAGGAUAAGGCUGUGAUGCUCUUCGGAAACCGUUUAUUGAAUGAAAACCGUAACCAGAAAAAGGGUGUCUUCAAGUUUUCAAGUGGAAAGAGAUCCGGAAAUGAUUGAAACGUGCAUUCUUAUUCAACGAUAUUUGUUUGCUUUUUAUUUAUUACUGUACGUUCAAAGGAUGUACGAAAAUAUGUGCAACUUGCGGUACUGACCAGGACUUAGCACAGCUUAUCUAAAACGCCGUAAUCAACUAACAAGAAUGUCGAGUGCAUCUUGGCCCGUUUAACAAUACAUUAUACAAUACAAUCACACACACUCUCAAGUAUUAUGCUAUGUAACUCUCUAAAUAUAGCUAUUUAUGUAUGUAUGUUUGUUGCUAGCAAUAAAGAGGGAGUAGGCGUAGUUAAUUUUUA